AUUCUGGACAAAGCAACCUCACAACAGACGAGCAACAGGGCAGUGACUGUACUUUCUUGUCAGUGGUCCGGAGAUCUCCGGUCGGACUGUUUGGGAGGUGCUCUGCUUCUUACUUCCGGCGGCGGAGAGGAGCAGUUGCUAUGGUAAUCUAAAAAAGGCGGAGGUCUGUUCGGCUGCGCUGAGAGAUUCGAGGAACUACUCUAAAGAAAAUUGGCUGCUCUUCUUGGUUUGUGAGCUGAAAUUAGGUAGCAACCGGCACUCUUUCUCUCGCUCUCUCGCUCGCUCUGCCCUCCCUAUGUGGCUGCCGCUCCCACCUGCUACGUUUCCUUUUGUGUCCUCCGAAUAGCCCAGGCGAGCCCCUGAAACACACAGGAACGCAGCGUUGUGGCCAGAGGAAUACAAAACGGAGAGAGCGCGUCUCUGAUCAGCUAUGACUAUUACAUGGUGCAGAGACGGUGACUGGAUGGCUGUCUGUUUUCACUCGGCCCUUUAGACGCCUUAGGCGCUUGUUAACCGUUUAUUUUUUCCUGCUUAUUGUGUGUCUGGUUAUUUAUGGAGCCGUUUGCUACAUUGUACUCUCCAGGCCCCUGUCUCAGUCUUGGGCUAGAGUUUUAAAUAAAAGGGGGUUUCAGAGCCCUAGGGGUGCAAUUAUACAUUUUUUUAAGCUUCAGUUUAGGCUCUCUUCAAAGGAAGGGAAAGAAUAGAAUUCUGGAACAUUUCUGCCCUGGGAUUUCUAUGUGAGAAUAACCCUAUUUGGAAGGAGCAUUUGAAGAAGAUCCUUAAAAAUAUGUUUUUAAAUUGCUUGCUGUAAAAAUGGCCAGCAAUCCUGGAAGUGAUGCAGCUUUGGGUACUCACAAAUCAAUGCUUUCAGGGAGUCCCCGCACAAAGAAAUUUCCACCAACUGAACAGGAGGUAUUUUAUAUGAAUUGUCGGGCCGCCUACUUAACCAUCUUCAAAAGCAGCUUGGAAAACAUUGUUUCUAAGGGUCAACUUUACCUAGCUCUUCAGCAUGCAGGAAGAAAUCCAUCCCAAAAGACCAUUAAUAAGUAUUGGACUCCUCAAACUGCCAAACUGAAUUUUGAUGAUUUUUGUAUAAUUUUAAGCAAGGAAAAACCUACUUCAAAAGCAGAAUUGCUAAAAUCUUUUAAACAGUUAGAUGUAAAUGACGAUGGCUCUAUUCUACACUCUGACCUUCAUAAGUAUCUAACAAAGAGAGGUGAGAAGAUGACUCAGGAAGAAGUAAAUGCUGUAAUAAAUUUGGCUGAUGUGAAUGCUGAUGGAAAGUUUGACUACAUUAAGUUUUGUAAAUUAUAUAUGACAACCAGCGAGCAAUGUCUCAAGACCACACUAGAAAGACUGGAGGCUGACAGUAAACUGAGGUGGCAGCAGUUUGGAAGCCAUAGCGAAGGGUCCCAUGAAAGAGACUCAUCUCCAGCGCCAAAACCGUCACCUAGAAUCAUAAGAAAAAAUGACCAGGAAACAUUCUCAAGUAAAGGUGACCCAAGCCAUUCCUUACUGUCAACAACUAGAAAAUUCAAAACAUCUGUUUCCUUCACAAUUACCAUGAGUGCUAAUAGUAACCGAGAGUCCAAGUUAACAGAGCCAAACCUAAAGGACUGGCAGUGUGCACAAUCAAAAGGCUGUUUCUUUUUAGAAGAAGAUGGUGAAGUCGUUAGUCAUCAGUACAAGAUGCACAUAGCUCAAAGAUCUGUGCUUUAUCUAACAAUUAAGCCAUUAAAUCUGAGUCAAACUGAAGGAAAACGUUCCCCUUGGUUAUCAGUUGAUACGGCCUUAUAUGUUCUUAAAGAAAAUGAGGAUCGAGCAGAGCCACAGCUCAUGUGUUUCACUGAACUACAAAAUAGAGAAGUGUUUGGAUGGACUGGUGAACUAAGACCAGGAAUUUACUGGUUAAUUCCUUCCACAACUGGCUGUAGGCUAAAAAAGGAAAUAAAACCAGUAACAGAAGAAGCCCAACUUGUAUAUAGAGAUGAAACAGGGGAAUUAUUUCUCACAAGUGAAUUUCGGUCAACUUUAUCAGAGAUAUUUGAAAUAAUUGAUUUAGAUGGAAAUGGUCUUAUUAGCCUCGAAGAGUACAAUUUUUUUGAAUUGAGAACAAGUGGUGAGAAGUGUGAUGAGGAUGCUUGGGCUGUCUGCAGAGAAAACUUUGACACAAAGAAGAAUGAAUUAACAAGACAGGGAUUUAUGGACUUGCAUCUGAUGGAAGCCAAUGAUCGAGAAGGAGACCCCCUUGAUCUAUGGGUGACUCUGCACUCGAUGGGCUACAACAAGGCUCUGGAGCUGACAGAGGCAUGCCCAUUUGUCAUCAAUAUCUAUGCAGAAAGAUGCAAGCCAAGAAUUAAAGCUAUCCAUAUGGAGGCAUGCAGCGGGCAACUUGAGAGGGCCAUUUGCAAGUCCGUCCUUGAGAGAAGUGAUGCUAAAGUCAUGGAUGGCUAUGAAAAUAUAAUCGUACAUACUUGCAAUUAUGACACCUGGAUAACAUCAAUCAUUGAAAAUAAGUCAGAUGACAGAGUGAUUAUUCACAUCAACAAUGAACUGAGUAAAAACUGUGUCAACAACAGAGGCCUCAGCGUCUUUGCGGUAGAAGUGGCCCCGAGAUCUACAAUGGUUUGUCAACAUGUAAUGCCCCUGAAUGAACGACAAGAAUGGAUAUAUUAUUGUGUGUAUUCCCUUGUAUCUUAAAUAAUUCCAUGUGGAACUAUCAAACUAAGAAGUAUUUUAGAUCAAAUCUGUUAUUUAUUAACUAAAUGCUCUUCCAUGUAACUGGUAUACUUAAUAAUCUGUUUCAUUUCUAUGCAUUUAUAUUUUAUGUCCAUGUUAUAUAUUUUAUUAUUAAAAUACAAAUAGUCUUCUAAAAAUGUAUGACUGUCUUGUUAAUUUAGUGAGAAAUAUAAGAACUUUUUUGUUUUUUAAUAAAUGAAAAGAAAAUUAUAAAUGGGAUUUUUAAAAGUAGUGUUCAAUGACUUCCAAACUCUACACUUCUGGUUUGUCUUGUAAAAUACUAAAAGAUGAUACAAACACAAAGAUAGCCAUUGAAGGAUCUAACUAUUCAAAAGCUAAAGUGGGAUGGAAGAAACCUGUUUCUGUUUUAAGAAGCUAAAACCUGUUAGCAAUUGCACGAUGUUCUGUCCCAACAGCAAAUUUCUCACUAGUGUGUCUCUAGCUUUCUUUUCACAGAGGAUACUUGGAACAGUUGAAAUUAACCCUGUGGAGCAGUUAAGGAGGUAGUAUGUGGCAUAAAAAAUGGCAUCAAGCAAUUAAAAGCUAUAUAUCAGUCCCAGUAACAAAGUACUUGGCCAGUGUCAGCUUUUGGAAUAUGAGUAGUAUCUGGCAGAAGCUUUUUUUUUUUGCCUACUAUAUGCAUGCACAUAGUUUAAAUGUUAUUUGGAGUUUGGACUAUUCAUUUAGAUCUGUAAAUAGGUUGUCAUUACCUCACUGUUUGAUCUCUUCAGACGGAUGUCUCAUUAAAGGUAGUGAAAUAUACAA